UGAAGUACGGCUGGCUAAUCAUUAUCAGAAUUCAGAAUGCACGAAUCGCGAUGGGAUCCAAUGGCUGCCAUGAUCGUCCCCCAUCGACGGCCGGAUGCUGCCGACCUCUCCCGCCACUGGAUCGGCGGUUAUUCUAGUUUCACGCGGAUUCGUGGUCCGCGCGCUUUUCCCACGACGCGGUAUUCCUUCCCCAAACAAGUGAUAAAGUCGCUUUUAUGGUCUCCUCCUCUUCCGCUUCCUCUGCCAAUUAAAAAUGCUCCCUUUCUUCUUAUCUUGAUCGAUUCCUUGUUGAAUUUCUGUUUCUUUCGCCAUGGAGUUCCUCGUCUUGCUCGCCGUCUUCCUCUGCACCUGCGCCGUCAUCCACUACCGCCGCUUCCUCGGCCGCCCCAAGCUCCUGCCGUGGCUCUCCUCGCUCCUUCCGUCGGCCGCGUCGCCAGGACUAGUAAAGAAGCCGGAGGCGGAUGAGGAGGAAGAUGAUGAAGGUGCUUCAUCAGUGGAGGACGGAGAGCACGAGCUGGAGCGGAUUUUCUCCACCUUCGACAAGGACGGUGACGGAUUCAUCACGGCCGGCGAGCUCGAGGAGUCGCUCCGGCGGUUGGGCCUCGCCGUCACGUCCGAGGAGACGGCCGCCUUGGUGGACCGGGUCGACGCCAACGGGGACGGCCUCAUCGACCUGCAGGAGUUCCGCCAGCUGUGCACGGAGAUGAUGCUCCAGGGAGAGGUGGCCGUCGGAGAGGAUGACGAGAAUCUGAGGGAGGCGUUCGGCGUGUUCGACGGGAACGGGGAUGGGUUAAUCACGGCGGAGGAGCUGGCCAAGGCGCUAACUUCGCUGGGGAUGAAGCAGGGGGCGAAGCUGGAGGACUGCAGGGAAAUGAUUAAGAGGGUAGACAGGGAUGGCGACGGGAAGGUUGACUUUGGCGAGUUCACGAAGAUGAUGAAGACGAAGGGCGGCGGCAAGAAGCUCUUCUGAUGCCAUCCUCUUUAUUCCAUCUCCAUUCUCAAAAUCUCAAGGAGAUUUCUGUGUAUAUCUGACUUGUGUAUAUCUGAUCCCUGUAACUGCAGCAACUUCUUCAAUCUUACACGCUUUCCAAAGUGCUGCUGCUUCUUCCUAAAGUUCAUCAUAACAACAACAACAACAAAAUGCUGCAAAACUGCUGGUCGAAAUCGAUCUCUUGGCAAGUGUAAAAGCAAAUGGCUGUUGAUCUUCAUGAGCAGUCUAGCUAACUUGUAAUCCAAGGUAAUUGAUGAGAAAUUUAUGGUGUGUUGCUGUCAGAACAGCAAUUGCAGUAUUGCAACAGCUCCUUGCCUUGCAAAUGCAAGAUGGGACCUGGAGAAAUUAUUAGAUGGGCCAGAGUUGGAUGGUACCUAUGACUUUCUUUUUCUUUUGCUUUAAGCAAAGAAUGUAUUCUCUGAGCAACAAUUGCUACUUUAUGCAUGAAGAGAACCCUGAUGAGGUUUGUGUUCCUAAAAUGGGUUGUCGGGUUGAAUGAAUCAGAAUCACUGGUUGAAGGAUUGCAUGUUGAAGAUAUUCUGAAACACAUUUCUGUUUAUGAAGAGAUAGCUUUGCAA